ACAUUCGUCGUCAGUGUGACUUGUUUCACUUUGUUGUGUUGAUAUCAUGCCCUCUUGUUCACUCGCCACUUUCUCUUUUUGUUUAAAACUUUGAGGGUAGCACUAUUUAGCUGUAAAGCAUCAAGCAAUCAGAGAAGAAGCAGUUUCUCUAUUUACUUCGUAUUAUCAUUCCUGGACUUCUGUACAUUUUUCUACCUCCCUAACCAAGCGCUUGCAUUCUAUUUUGAAUUUACUGCGCAUCUAAUUCACAGUGAAUCCUGCCGUAGCAUUGAAUCGUCAGUCAAUCAAAGCAAAGCAAUUUCUACUUCUAUUUUCACUAACGGAACGCGCUGCGGCCGAUGAGUCUUGCAAAACAUGAAAUACAUAUUACUCAAUAUUAUUGUAUGUAUGUAGACACAAAAAUGGUAUGUGUAGUAGAGAAUUCACCCGUCAGAAAACUGAGCCACGAAAAUUCAUUGUAUGUCCAGUCUAUUCUUAUAUCUCUUUUAUGACACACGUGAACCGUCGAUCUCGAUCGAUAAUUGCUGAUAGAUAUCAGCUGUUUUAGUAUUUAAACAAGGAAUCCUGUUCUAAAUGGAUAUCAUCGAAAGUGCUUUAGAAAAUCGAAAAAAUAAUGAAGAAAAAGAAAUUGCGUUAAGUGAGGAAAGCGAUGAUCUAUCAGGGAUAUUUAAAAGAAACAGCAAAUGGUGUUAUAUGCCGGAUUCUAUUCUUUUAAAUAUUUUCCAAUACUUGACACCGAAAGAAUUAAUAAUCGCUAGAAAAGUAUGCAAAUCCUGGCAUAGAGUGUCUUACGAUGAAUUCCUUUGGAAAGAUCUAUUCUAUCAAACAUAUGAAAUAGACCCGAAUAUUGGAAUGAUGCCAGGAAAAACAUCUUGGUUAGGAGAAUUUAAACGAUUGACAUAUCAUAUACCGCUCAUAGAAACAGAAGAACUUAAAGAACACUCUCAUAAAGUAUUACAUGUAAGCUUCUCACACAAUGGAGAAAUGUUUGCCACGUGUUCACAAGAUGGAUUUAUUUUUGUAUGGGAAAGCCAAUAUCCUGUUAAAAUAAAGUAUGACUCUAAUAUGAAGUUCUUUGGAUGGAAAUAUACACAAUUCUCACAAUUUAACUCCUCUGAUACAUUGUUACUUGUUUCUGGUACACAUUGUGGAACUUUCUACAGAAAUUUUGGUGAAAUUGCAGUAUUCAGCUUAAUAUCUGGUUUUGAUUUACAAUGUAGAGUAGAUAAUGAUCCCUAUGACGUAUAUGGCACGUGGUACAGUGAACAUUACCUUUUAAGUGGAAGUCUGCAUCGGCAUCAUGGACUUGCUCAUGGCAAUCCGCUUCCUACUACUAGUCUACUUUGGUUGUCUAAGGCAAAUCAAGAGGUAUCGAGUGAAAACAUACCCAUUCUAAAAGAAGUUUUUAGGUUUUUCAAUGGUUAUGAUUCAGCGGUUCGUGGAAUUAUGUUAGCUAAUUGUAUAACAUCUGAAGAAACUAAUUCUGCAGAACAAGACAAUCAAUCAUCCUUUUCGAAUGUAAAAAAGGUUGAAAACGAUCUAUCAAACAAUGAAGAUAUUUCACCUACAACUUCUGAUCAUGCUAGUCAGAUUAUUCGGCAAAAAAUAUUCUUCACAUUAACCAAAGUAUGUGCAAAUAGGUUAAUUACAGCAGAGCAUCUAUUUAUGAAACAUGAUUAUUUUCAAUAUAUCGAUCCCUUACAAUACGAUCGGGAAUAUAAGUCUCAGCAUAAAAAAUCCCCUCGUACGGAAAAUUUUCAGCAGCAUAGGGAAAAUGAACAAUCCAUAAAUAUGAAAGAUGAUCAAGUCGCUGAGAUAGCGAAUAGUUGCGAAAAAUAUCUUAUUUUUGCAACUGGUUCGGUGCCAUAUUAUCAUUCGCAUCAAAUAGCUUUUAAAAGAGUAAAAAAUAUAAAAUUUCCUACUAGUUUAGAGUCGGGACGACUGUAUACAUUAAAAGAAAGAAAACGGGACAGAAAAUUAGAGAGAGAUCGAGUGAGGCAAAAUUUGGUUGAUGUUUUAGAUUAUGAUGAUGUAGCCCCUAUAGUUGAAAAAUUCGAUAAUGUUGAUUAUGUAAUUGAUUUAUAUGGACAUAUAGUAGGAAUGGGACUUUCUCCAGAUCAUAGGUAUUUAUAUGUUAACAUAAGAUCAUGGCCACAAGAUUGCCAUAGCCCCCAACCACCACCAAUGGCUAAAGAGAUAGAUAUUCAUGUAAUUGACUUAAUGACAUUUGAACAAGUUGGUUGCAUAUCAAGAGUGUCAAGAGCUCAUAAAACUUAUGCACAUUAUCAUGAAUGUUUUGACACUUUUCUUGAUGUAUGUGAUGAAUAUGUAGCAAGUGGCGCUGAAGAUAAACAUGCCUAUCUUUGGGAUAGACACUAUAGAGUACAUUUGGCCAAGUUCCGUCAUUCCGAUGCUGUGAACUGUGUUGCCUUCAAUCCAUGUGAUUCUGAAAUGUUAGUUACAACUAGCGAUGAUGAGACCAUUAAAGUUUGGCGUAGUCGAGCUAAGGUACAUGAAUUAGAAUUAAACGGAAAUUCUUAUCCUAAGGGUGUAGAGAUACAAUAUAGAAAUAAACAUCGUAAAUCCUCUAAUUUAGAUCGGUCAAACAAUUAUUGUUUUCGGGAGCAUGAUUAAAAUGUUUUAUUGUACCACCCUUAAACUUGUGAUUAUUUAUUGUAUUAUAUUAAUACUUUUAUGAAAAAUUGUAUACAGGGUGAUCCAUUUAAAUCAUUGCAGUCAAAUAUCUUUUAAAUUUAACGAAAUUUGGUUGGUUUUAGGGGGCACGUAAUCUGAUAUUAAUAAGAUUUUUUUAAUUGAAAGCAUCGAGAACAUAUGAAGGUCAACUUUAUCUUUUUAAAUUGAAUCAUAUAUUUUUUAUUAUACUAAUCGAUUCAGCUCGUCAUUCUCUUUAUAAAAACACUAAUACAUAUUUCAAUUUUAGUAUCUUUUAGAGACCGUGUGUAGAUCUUUGUAUUCAGGUUGAAGGUCAUAUUUUUGAACACCAACUUUAAAUAGGUGAGUGUUAACACUAUGCAUUACUAAAAUUAAAGUAUCUUCUAAACCAAUGAUUUUUCGCAAUAAAUUCCUUCGUAUUUUUAUGAAAAGAAUGACGAGAUGAAUCGACUAGUAUAAUAAUAAAUAUAUGGAUCCAUUUAAAAAAAUUAAGUUGACCUUCAUAUGUUCUUGUAUUCACUUAGAAAAAUCUUAUUAAUAUCAAAUUACGUGUUCCUUAAAACCAUUUAAAUUUCGUUACAUUUUUUAAUAUCAUCGAUGGUUUCGUAGAUAUUUAACUGGAUCGAUUUAAAUGGGUCACCCUGUAUAUGUACUUAUACACUAUGUUACUAACUACAAGGUUCACAAAAUGAAAUUUCAUUAACGAUUCGAAGGAAGAUUUAUUAUUUUAUGUAACUGUUUAUUAGAAUUGAAAUACUUAUAAUUUCUAUAAUAAUUUAAUAAGCGCAUACAAAAACUUUUAUCGUUCUUCGUAAAAUUGAAUCAUUUUUUACGUGAUUACGCACUCUUUAUAUCCUUAUAUCAUAUGUACACAUGGUUUGCUUAACUCGCAUCUUUUUUUCCUUGACAAAAACUGAAACAAACGUGCUGUUAAUAUCACAGCAAUUCUUACAAAAAUCUAUAAAACGUGGAUGUUAUGCAUCCACAGAAAUGUAUGUACCACUUUCACGUUUUAACAUGUAAUUUUUGUAUGAGGGUACUAGAAGAAUGCAAAUCAAACGAGCCAUGUGUACUUAAGAAUUGCAACUCACAUAGAUAAAAUGUAUAGAUUUAAACAUUUGUAAGGCAAAAGUGAUAAAUUUUUUUAACAUUUUUUCGACAUAUUUUAA